CCGCUCGCUGGUUCAGCUGCGCGUCCACGCCGUCUGUCUAAAAUCCAAACCGUGUAUAUCCAUCUAUCCACAUCCCAGUCUGGAUAUUUUUCCCGUCGUGCCCGCAAGUGUUAAAGGAAAAGAAAUAUAUAUAUAUUAAAAAGAAAUAACGAAUUCUGAAAAGCAAAUUGCUCGAGUGCCAUAAACGCCAUCCAAUAAUCCCCGUUAACGGGCUCAUUAAAAAACCUUUCCGGCAAAACAUAAAAAUCGUUCGUCCGCAACACAUUCAAGUUUAUUUAUUUUUAAAUCAUCUAUUUAAACAAAAAAUGUGCUAGCAUUUAGCACACUGUGAUUUAAGCCUACUUAGUUUGUUUUUCUUGCCAAACGGAGCUUUUCCUAUUGGGAUUUAUCGACGGUGGCCCAAGUGCAACAAUACCAGCGGCAAAACGGAUAGCUGCCAGAGAUAUAGCCAAAACGUGUGCCAUGAAGGAGAAAAGCAAAAAUGCGGCACGCACCCGACGUGAAAAGGAAAACACGGAAUUCUGCGAAUUGGCCAAAUUACUGCCGCUGCCAGCGGCGAUUACUUCGCAACUGGACAAGGCCUCCGUCAUCCGGCUGACCACAUCGUAUUUGAAAAUGCGCCAAGUCUUUCCCGAUGGACUUGGCGAAGCCUGGGGCUCAUCGCCCGCCAUGCAGAGGGGCGCCACCAUCAAGGAGCUGGGCUCCCAUCUCCUGCAAACGCUGGACGGCUUCAUCUUCGUGGUGGCUCCGGAUGGGAAAAUCAUGUACAUCUCAGAAACGGCCUCCGUGCAUCUGGGACUCAGCCAGGUGGAACUGACGGGCAACUCGAUAUUCGAGUACAUCCACAACUACGAUCAGGACGAGAUGAACGCCAUUUUGUCGCUGCAUCCGCACAUCAACCAGCAUCCAGCCGCCUUUCUCAACUCCCUACAGCUCGCCCAGACGCACACGCCCAUCGGCAGUCCCAAUGGCGUCCAGCAUCCUUCGUCCUACGACCACGAUCGCGGAUCGCACACCAUCGAGAUCGAGAAGACCUUCUUCCUGCGCAUGAAGUGUGUCCUGGCCAAGAGGAACGCCGGCCUCACCACCUCAGGAUUUAAGGUGAUACACUGCUCUGGCUAUCUGAAGGCUCGCAUAUAUCCCGAUCGCGGGGAUGGACAGGGCAGCCUCAUCCAGAAUCUCGGCCUGGUGGCCGUCGGUCACUCGCUGCCUUCCUCCGCCAUCACAGAAAUCAAGCUCCAUCAGAACAUGUUCAUGUUCCGGGCCAAGCUGGAUAUGAAGCUCAUCUUCUUCGAUGCUCGCGUAUCGCAGCUAACCGGGUACGAGCCGCAGGACCUCAUCGAGAAGACCCUGUACCAGUACAUCCACGCCGCGGACAUCAUGGCCAUGCGCUGCUCCCAUCAAAUCCUGCUGUACAAAGGCCAAGUGACCACGAAGUACUACCGCUUCCUGACCAAAGGCGGUGGCUGGGUGUGGGUGCAGUCCUACGCCACCCUGGUGCACAACUCGCGCUCCUCGCGGGAGGUGUUCAUCGUGAGCGUGAACUACGUGCUGAGCGAACGAGAGGUGAAAGACUUGGUGCUGAACGAGAUUCAGACGGGCGUGGUGAAGCGGGAGCCAAUUUCUCCGGCGGCACAGGCGGCCCAAGCGGCAGCGGCGGCGGCAGCAGCGGCGCAGGCAGCCCAAGCGGUGCAGGUGGUGCCCCAGCAGUCGGUGGUGCAAGGGCAGUGCGCCGUUGCGACGGGUCAGCCGGUGGGUCCGGGAACGCCUGUGAGUCUGGCUCUGAGUGCCAGUCCCAAGCUGGAUCCCUACUUCGAGCCCGAGUUGCCACUGCAACCACCCAACGCAGUGACUCCCGUGCCACCGAACAACAACAGCAACAGCAGUAACAACAACAACAACAACGGCGUGUGGCACCACCAUCAGUUGCAACAGCAGCAGCAGCAAUCGGGGAGCAUGGAUCACGACAGCCUGAGUUACACGCAACUCUAUCCGCCCUUGAACGACCUUGUGGUCAGUUCGAGCAGCAGUGUGGGUGGUGGCACCGCCUCGAGUGCAGGCGGUGGAUCGAGUGCAUCGGCCUCCUCGUCCGGCGUCUACUCCACGGAGAUGCAAUAUCCGGACACCACCACCGGCAAUCUGUACUACAACAACAACAACCACUACUACUACGACUACGAUGCCACGGUGGACGUGGCCACCUCGAUGAUCCGACCCUUCUCCGCCAACUCGAAUAGCUGCUCCAGCAGUUCGGAGAGCGAGCGGCAGCUGUCCACCGGAAAUGCCUCGAUUGUGAACGGCACCUCGCCGUCGCAAACCACCUACAGCGAUCUAAGUCACAACUUCGAGCUGAGUUACUUCUCCGACAACAGUUCGCAGCAGCAGCAGCAGCAUCAACAGCAGCAGCAGCAACAUCUGAUGGAGCAGCAGCACCUGCAACAGCAGCAGCAGCAGCAGCAACAGAGAUUGCAGACGCAACAGCAGCAGCAGCAACACCAGCAAUACCACUAUGCAAUGCCCCACCAGCAACAGCAACAGCAGCAGCAGCAACAUCAGCGGGUUGUCAGCGAUUUUGCGGAGAGUUUCAAGAGCGUUAAUGCGGCUGCUGCGGCGGCGGCGGUGGUGGCCACGCCCCAUUACACCAGCGUUAUUGUGGAGCCGCAGCACUAUAUACCCAACGAUUUUGUGCAUUAACAGCAACUCGAUGUUGCUGUUGCUGCUGCUGUUGUUGUUGUUGUUUCUAAAACGCCGACUGCCCCCUCCGCCGGAUUCAAGUUGUUGCAAUGUUAUAUACGUACGAAUAUAUUAUAUAUCUUGUAUAUCUGGUAUAUCUGGUGCACCGCUGAGUUCUCAGUUCCAAAUUGUAAUAUGUGGCUGAGCCACAACAGAUCAUCUGAAUUUCAAACCCCGCCCCAAUUCUCUUUUAUUUAUUGGAUAACUUAUUUCCCCCGUUCACGUUAAUUAUGCAAAGGUUCAGUGUAAAGUUAUAAAGAAAUCGACUCAAAGCAAAGGAAACAAAAAUUGAAAAAAACGGAAAGAUCCUUGUUAACAAAUGCAAAUGCAAAUACAAAUUCUAUAAUAAAUAGUUGUAAGACCUAACUGUAAAAUGUUCAUAUAAACUAACUUAAAUUAAUUGCACAUACUUAUACUUAACUAUAUCGUAAUGCGCAUACAUUUGGCCCCUAUAAUUAUAAUACGGAAAGGUGUGUAAAUAGUGCCGGGUCCGCUCCACUAUGCAGAUAUCGAAUAUGAUCUUCAUAAGUCAAGUAAAUAACUGUAAAUGUAAAAUUAACUAUUAUCGCAAAUUUUUCUAAUUUGAAUAAACAAAUUAUUAUGUGGGUGAACAAUAAGCGAACGAGCGUUCAAUUAUUUCAAUAGGCCGCAUUUGGAAAUCACGAUGCUAAAGUUAAUAGUUUUUAUUU